AGCAGGCAGUUUAGAAAAGACAUGCAAAGCCAGUGGCUCCUGGCCCUGAGGUAUGGGGUGGCCAUAGGUUCCUGCUGGUGCUGCUGAGAGGCUCCAUGGAUGACUGCAGGAUGGAAGGAAAUAAGUUUUGCAAAUGAUGAUCGUGUUUAUUCAGGUUUUCAGCGCAGUCUUUGCCUUCAGGAACAUUGCUCUAUAAUGUAGGACUGGAUAUUGAUCCUAUGACGCAUGCCCGGAAGAAACAACUUUUCCUUCUGAAGCGUCCAGCUGGUUCUGCUGGCCAGGUUUCAUCACCCACAGGCAACAGGAGGAUGGACAGGACUCAGGCGGAGUGCAGCGAGCAAAGGGACGGGGAUGCCACUGAGGGUGCCAGCAGUUUGAGUGGGUUUGUGGGGACAAGCAAAAGCAAGAAUUUGCAGGAAGUCCGAAAGACGUAUCCGCUGCGGAGACGUCUGCUCCCUUCAGUGAACAAAAAGACCUGCAAAGUGCUUCUCACCAGGCUGGAGGAUGUGGCUGGAUCUUUGUCAAAAGAGACCCAGAGCUGCAAAAAAAAGGACCUUCCCAGCUGGGUGGAAGAGUUGGGGCCCACCUUUUUUGCUGAACAAGUUAAACCUGUGGGAGCUGGCAAGAGUGAUUCAGCUGGGGAAAAGUGCACAGUAACUUAUCCAGGGACAGAGGAAGACCUUGAUGCUGCUCCUUCAGAGCCCAGGAAACGCAGACUGGCCUCUCUGAAUGCAGAGGCUGUGAACAAUCUGCUCUUUGAGCGGGACGAUGGCUUGUUGUCUGGCAGGCGCUUUCGGAGGGACCCUGCCAAAGCCAGUGGAGACUGUACUGCCAAGAGCUUGCAUUGCAAGGCAGGUGACAGCUGGCCUGCCUUGGAAAAGACAACUGUGAAAACAGGUAAAGGCAAAAAUCGGCAUGAGCCCAGUCAGAAAUACAAUAGCUGUGACCAUUCACUGGAUGAGGUCUUUGAUGAUGGGUUAAGGAGAGAGGAUAGUGCCAUCUCCUAUCAUCCCACCCCAAAGAGACUGGCCAGCCUGAAUGCUGUGGCUUUCUUGAAGCUGACCCAUGAGAAAGACCAGCCCCUGAAGCAGAGGAGUAAGUCAGACGGGGAGGGCAAGUCCGAGAACCACUGUUCAAAGUCUACGCUCAAAUGGGCCAAAGCCAAUAGGAAGAAUUGUGUCAAGUCCAAAAAGGAAGCGACGAGCUUAAAAAUGGAAGGUCAGCACAGCUGGCGAGGGCUCACCCUGGGUGCUUUUGGGAAAGCGGAACAGCGGGACUCCUCUAGGCUCUACAGGACAGCCCAACCUGUCCCUUAUGAAUCGCAGUCUAGUACAGAGGGUUUCUACCAUAGACUGCCUUUGCUCAUGGGUGGGCAAGCUUCCAUGAAGCCAGAGUAUGGAAGACCUGGAGAGAAAUCCCCGACUCCCAAACAGGAAUUUCAUCAGCCUUCCUUUCCUGUGCAGCAGUUCCCUCCUUUGCCCGUUCCUGGGAAUCACACAGAUUGUGGCUGUCUCUAUGAAUCCUCAGAUCUGACUCCGUUGAAUGGGUUUUAUGUUUGUUAUGGCCAAAGUGGAUACCGUGGCUACUCUCACUGCUCAGUUUACCCCAAGGACGAACUUUCGCAGCCUGCUACCUGUGAAGGGCUCUUGGUAUCGCCUGGUUCCUUGCCAUCGGGCAAUCAUUUCCAGCCACUCCACUGGUGCAGCUCCCCAUACUGCUGUGGAGAAGGAACAGCCAUCAACAGCUACAGUGUCUGCGGUGUUGUACAUGUGCCGGAUGGCAGGAUCAGCAGUGUGCACACAGGACGGAACAGCUACCCCUACAAAAUGCCUUUUGCAGCAGAAGGCUGCAAGUCUCUGGACCAGCUGAACCUCACAAUUCCGGUGGCAGGGCACCCUGCGUCACCUGCCCACCCGCUCUCAGGAUGUCCUGUACCCAGCGUGCCGCCAGCUGCAGAACCUGUUCCUCAUCUGCAGACCCCCAACUCUGACCCUCAGACCAUGGCCCGUGAAUGUCCCCAGAGCUCAAAGCCUCCCAGUGGCUCCAAAUCCGGUCUCCGAAAUACGCCAGGCUGUCUGCAUGCCUCUGAUAGCAAAACAGUGGGAGGCCAUUCCCAUCCAAAGCAACAGCGCAUCAGCAGGCGAAGGGCCACCAAUGGCUGGAUACCUGUUGGCACAGCCUGCGAAAAGGCUGUCUAUGUUGUGAAUGAACCUGAACCAGCUGUUCGCAAGAGCUAUCAGGCUGUGGAGAGAGAUGGGGAGAUUAUCCGGGUACGAGAUACUGUCCUCUUGAAAUCGGGACCCAGGAAGAAAUCUAUGCCGUAUGUUGCGAAGAUAUCGGCGCUGUGGGAAGACCCCAAAACAGGGGAGCUGAUGAUGAGCCUCCUGUGGUAUUACAGACCAGAGCACACUCAGGGAGGCCGCAAUCCCAGUAUGCAUCAGAAUGAGAUCUUUGCAUCCCGACAUCAGGACGAAAACAGUGUUGCCUGCAUAGAGGAGAAGUGCUACGUGCUGACCUUUGCAGAGUACUGCAGAUUCUGUGCCUUGGCAAAGCGUCGAGUCGAAGGGAUCCCUGGCAGGAAAGCCAUGAUGGUUCCUCCCUCGGAAGAGUACUCCACACCUCUGCACCGCAAGGUGCCUGAGGACACUGACCCUGAGCUGGUUUUCCUCUGUCGUCAUGUCUACGAUUUCAGACACGGGCGCAUCUUGAAGAACCCACAGUAGCGUGGCUCUGCAUUGAGACUGUGGUGAGGGUGAGCAGCACUGGGGAGCUGAUGGCAGGCUGGCAGGCUGGGACACCUGUGUGCUCCCACCCAUUUAUCUUGUGCUGCUUGCAGCCAAGAGCUCUCAGUGCUCUUUCCUCGGACUGAACGGCGUGCAUGGGAGCAGAUCCCUGUGGAGGAAGGCAGUGGUUGAAAGCACAGCACUUCGUUAAAAGCAUAAAUGAAAAUAUAUAAAUAUAUGUAUAUAGAUAUAGGUACUUGCAUAUGUAAAUCUAUAUCUAUAUAUGUAUCUAGAGAUGCAUAUAUUGGGAAGGGUUUGUAGGGGAUAAAAGCCAGUAAGCUGAAUCAGAGCCAUUGUCGGUGGGAGUGGUGGGAAGACGCAGGAGGGAUGCGGUGGUGUGUUAUGUGAGUCAAGCUGUGAAAGUCCUGUGGUUCUCGUGUCCUCGUGUGAAGUGGGAGGACUGAGACCAGUUCCUUGGCAGACCGUAGGAGCCUCCUCUGUCCAAAAGGAAAGAGAGAGGAUUCCUGGUGAGCAAGAGCUCCUUUGAAAUACAGCAGUUGCUUUUGAAGCUACCUGAAUGCGGAGUGGCCUUGAGUCACACUUGAGUAGGUUUUGCAGGAAGAGCUAUUUCCUUUUUUCUUCCUCAUCUUUCUCUUCCCCUCACCUUCUUAAGAGCUGUUCUGCAACUCACUGUUUGAACUGGGGCUUGGCAGCCAGACUUGGAAAUCUGCUCCAGCUCAGAGGCAGAGAAGGACCCGGCGGGAUUGAUGGCUUUAUGUCCUGGCGUGACGUUGUGGAGAGCUGUACCCACACCCACAGGAUUGCAGCAGAUGUGCAUUGCCCUAAAGCUGGGAGCACACCAAGUGGGCUUCGUUGGUGGAAACCAGGUUUUCUCUUCUGAGCACUGCUUGCUCAUACAGCAUAGAAAGCUUUAGUGAUAGAAGUGGGUUUACUCUUUCAUCCAAUUCAUUUGUCUGUAAUGUCCUUUAACACCAUCUUCUCACUGUGAAGAAGCUAGAUGACAAACACUUUAAGUGUUCCCUUUAGUUUUUUGUUUUUUUUUUUAAUUUAACUCCCCUUUAUGUUUCUGUUCUGACCCUCAUUGAAGCCACUAGCAGAGCUGUCUCAGUGCUGCCCUGCAGCUUUCUCCCCAUCUCCAAACUCAUCCUGUCAUCUGAGCAAGCUCACCAAAGUGGCUUUGUGGCUCCUGAAAGGAACUGAGUAUUGGGGAAGGGUUUGCAUUGAAAAAUGCAACCUGAACCUCGUAGAUAUUUCUUUGCCUCUUGCCUUACAUGUAUAGAUCCUAAGUAGACUUUAGCUUAUCUCAAUGCAAACUGUUGAAGUUGAUUCUAAAGCAAACCAAAGGACAGUGUAACAGAGUCCGUUGAGUCAGCCACACCAAUCUGGGAAUCCACAUUUAGAUUGCACUAAUGUAAAGAAUGAGAAACAGCGCUGCAUUAGCCCGUGUGCCUGCUGGCUGGAGCCACUCAUUGGAACGUAGGGAUUUGCAUUUUUCUGCUUUCUGGGGGGCUUCUGAACUCAUGUGAAACAGUGAAAGUAUUGAAACUGCUUUAACGUUGUCCUGUCAGUGGAAGUGAAAGGGAACAGCAUUGGCUUGCUCCAACAGCUGCACGCCUGGUCUGGAAAGAAAACCCCAUGGCAUCAAAUCUGUUACAUGGAAAUAGCUCGUUAAUGCCGUAGAUCUCCAGAAUUGCUCUACAUACCAAAGAGGGGAAAGCCUCUAGAAGAAGAGGACAUAAAAAGAGAGGAUGAAAACUGGCACCCACCGCAGUGGGACAGCAGGGCAUGCAUCUCUCUGCUGUUUGGGACGAUUUCUGCUCAGUGUUGGAGAAGAUGCUGGAAAAGCCCUGUUGUCCUUGCCCAAGGGAGAAUGCCCAGCUUCAGGAGGCUUGAUGCUAGGUGCAUGGGCAAGAAUUCAUGGGCUAAGCAUCUUAUCUCAUUUGUACUUCAAGAUACUGUUAGUGUCAAAGUAAUUGCUCAGAUUUCUCCUUAACAAUUAGCUUGGGCACUGAUGGUCUCUUGGAAUUAUUUAGUUAGGCUGCAUGGUGCGAUAUCUCCCAAUGGGAGUCAGGAGUUCUUCUGGGUGGAUGAAAAUGGCAUGGGGAAGGGGGGAGCAUGGAGAUGCCGGAGGAUGGGGUCCCUGCUGAGAGGGAGGACACUGGAGAAACAAAGCCAUUCCUGCCCAUCAUGACAGGGGGUGAUGGGGGAACAGAGUGGCUGUGCCCUGGGGCCAUGGGCAUGUGGUAACAGCAUGGAAGGUGACUGGCAGUGUUAAAUACACACAUUUGACUUGGUAGGGAUUCCUGACACCUAGCCUGAAGUAGGUGAGCUGCCUGCAGCUGCCUUCCUCUAACCCAAGUGCCAUCCGAUGAAGGAUUCAUCAAGAUCCACUGGCCAGGCAACCCUGAACAUUUCUGCACAGUCAGAGAAGGAUUUGAAGAGAGAAGGAUUGGAAACCACAGUAACACGCUGAAAUUCCUCCUUCUGACCCCUCUCCCCCUCUGCUCCCACCUUUGUCCUGGCUCCUCCCCAAGUAAAAGAGAAAUUGCGCUUGCCCUGGGCAUAGAAUGGGCUCUGUUGUGUCCAGAAAGGACAAAUCUCAACUUCUCACGUUAUAAUCUGCUUCAGGCCAAGAACAUUGUUUGAGAUUCACGUGGUUGCUUAUGCUGUUGUGCAAACAGCAUGUAAAUGAAUUGAAAUGUCUUAUCCAUAAUGAAAAUAUUUCAUGCUUUUUUAAUCUAUUAGAUAUGGAAAUAUUUUUUGAAACUGAAAAUGCAGUCGGUAGAAUUUAAAUUGAAACGUAAUACAUGUAAAAUAUAUUUUAGUUGAUAAUUUUGUAAAAUGCACUUUUUUUGUGUCUCUUCCCUGGUUUCCCAGAUCUGUAUUUCAGUGUUUACAGAUGGAAUGAAAACAUUCCCUAUACCCUUCUUCUGUGAGAAAGAUAUAUUAGAAGUAAUUCUUAAAAAAUAAAUUUGAAAAAUUGUA